CUAGCUCUCUUAGCUAUUCGGCUAGCCGCUUGCGACGCCGCUGCCUCUCGCCGCUACGGUCCGUCGCAUCGGGGACAUUCGACCCUUUUCACUCCCCCGGCUGAAAUAACCUGUUUUUUAGCGUUGGUAACUUGACGUGGGUAGUUUAUCAUGAUAGAAGUUGAGUAAACGGCUCGUUUAUUUGAGGUGUUAUCGUUGAAUUUCCGACCGAUUUGGCGGGACUUGAUCGGGUUAACAAUACGACGAGCUAAAGGCUAGAGAGCUGCUAGCGUUGAGACACAGGCCAGUUUGUUUCAGCUAACACAGCUAGCUCAGUGAGCUACCGCCGCGGCUGCCAUGGAAGACAAAUCAUUCACUAAAGAGUUAGACCAAUGGAUCGAACAGCUAAAUGAGUGUAAGCAGCUAUCGGAAAACCAAGUCCGGACACUCUGCGAGAAGGCCAAGGAGAUUCUGACCAAGGAAUCCAACGUUCAGGAGGUGCGAUGCCCUGUGACGGUGUGUGGCGAUGUCCACGGUCAGUUCCACGACCUGAUGGAGCUGUUUAAGAUUGGAGGAAAGUCUCCAGACACCAACUACCUGUUCAUGGGAGACUACGUUGACAGAGGCUACUACUCAGUGGAGACGGUCACGCUGCUCGUCACGCUAAAGGUAAACCUGCACUGUACCCGAUAUGUGUUCAAAAUAUACGUAUCUGCAGAUGGUGAAUAGUCUUAUAAAGCAUUC